AUGAAAGGCUAGAAUAAAAUAUCUCCUAACGCUUAAACUGGAGUUGCAUUAGGGGGAAGAUUGAAUAAUUUUCCUACCGCUUAGAAGAAUAACUAAAAUGCGACCACCAGCAUGACAUCAAAUAAUUAUGCGAAUAUAAACUUACCGCCAAAUAUAAGCUUAAACUUACCUUCAAAUACUCUGAAUGGGUAAAUAAACAGCAAUAACUAACAAAUAGCGACAAAUUAGCAUAUUUAGAAUUAGUAGCAGUAGUAGUAAUUAUAAUAAUAGCAGUAAAAUUAGCAGCAGUAAUCAAGUAAAAAUUAGGUUAUUCAACAACAACAAAACGCUUAGCAGAACAUUCAACCUUCCUAUCAACCUUAGCAGCAACAGUCUUAGAAUCAAAACAGGCAAUAUGCUCAAUUCACACCAUCACUAUCAAAUGCUUAAAACUUAAUUAUUUCUAAUGGUGAAGACGAUGGAGUUGACCGCAACAACAUCAAUUAUAUGACGCCAUACAAUCAAUUUCUCUUGGAAAGCUUAAAUAAUAACAAUAUUGGGUUUGGAUAAAACAACAUUUAAUACUCAGUAAAUCUUCAUUCCUUUACAUUAAAUCCUUAAUAACAACAGUAGCAAGCAUAAUAAAGCUAGUAAAAUCAAUAGAACCCGUCUCAGUAGCCUUAUAAAUAGAAUCUAUAAUAAAAUCAAUAGCAGUAGGCAUACAAUAUACACUCUAAUCAAGGUUAGACCUAGCUAAACUCGCAAGGUUAAUAAUAACAAUAGAAUUAGUAAAAUUUACAGCACGACCAGUAAAUAAAAAUACAAUAAAAUACUCUUUUAACUGGAAAUCCCAAUAUGCAAAGUUUGAACAACAUCACUACAGCCGCCUAAUAAAUGGUUUAAAAUUAAAAUACAGCUUACAACACUUCUCAUCCUCAGCAAAAUUCUUAGAUUUAGCAAUAAAACUAACAAAAUUAGUAGUUGAGCUAAAACCAGUAAAUUUAAUAGCAACAUCAUAAUAAUACACAUCAUCUCAAUAAUUAAUAAUCUACCUCUACUACGACAACCACUAUUGAGCAUUAGCAAAAUUUGAAUACAAAACAACAAGCUGGAAGGAACAUUUAAAGCCAAAUUAACUCAACGAACAACACAAAUAUCACCAACAAUAACAACAAUAUUUUAAAUUUGAAUACAGCAAACAGCAUAAAUAAUAGCAAUAGCUCUAAUGUGAAUAAAAAUGUAAUAAAUACAAACAGCAUUAAUAUAAACUCACUUUCAACAAAUAAUUUAAAUAAUUUAACUUCUAACAUUUAAAAUAACACAAUUAUUCAAAAUUAAAAAUCUAAAAACUCAAAAUAAAACUAGGUGAACAACAACACUAACGCUGCUAUUUUGAGUCACUUAAGCAAUUAGACUGUACAAGAUGCAUUAUAACAGUAAACAAAAAAUAACAGCUAAACUCAAAACAUAAUAAAAAACUAAACGAACAACUUAAUUAAUCAAACAAACAACAUGAUAAAUCAAGCUGCUUCUAAUUAAAAUAGCUUGAAUGCUCAGAAUUUCGUGAUGUAAUAAUAACCUCAAUCAGCUACAAUAAAUGAUAAUGUGCAAAAACUAUUUGAUGAAGAUAAAAUUUUCUAACCCUAAUAAUUAAAUUCCGUCAAUUUAUAAAAACAGUUCCAAAAUAUCCAGCAAAUGCAAGACACAAAAAACAUUUAAGGGAAAAAAAAUUAAAAUGAAUUUUUAAAUUAACUGAAUGUGAACCAAGGAAAUCAACACUAAGCUUAAAAUCACAAUUAAAAUCUCAUAAACACUUUCUAAAACUAGCAAUAUUACUCUUCAUUAGAUUAAUAAACAGUAAUGCCAACCUAAAUUGCUCCAAUCAACUCUAUAGCUACUCCCACAAACGCAUCUCUUUCAGCUAUGGUGACAGCAAGUGCUUCUACUGCUAUUACCAAUGCAGCAGCAGUUACAACAGCUAAUACAAACAAAGCUGCGAGCAGCACGACAGGAAGAAAGAAAAAAAAUUAAAAUAAUGUUAAUAACAACAUUUAAAUUAGCAAUUUGAAUAACUAAACACAAAAUAUAUUGUAAGCACCAGUAGCUUAGACGACGGUCUCAAACACAAUAACACCAAAGAAUGCAUCGAAGAGGAAACAAAAGAAUUAAGCUUCUUAACUAAAUUUAAAUGCUAAUGUAAAUGAAAGUGCAAUAGCAACAAGCACUGCAACUUUAAAUAAUAACAAUGUAAAUAAUCUUUUAAUAAAUUAAACAGCUAUAAAUAAUCUUGGUGGAUUUGAAACAACUAAUUUUCCAGAAAUUUCAAAUAUGCAUCUCGGUGGAAUUGGCCAUUUAGAAUUUGAUAAUAAUUUUAAUCUAAACCCAUUAUACGAUAUAAAUUUAAUGAAUAUUUGCAAUACAAAUUACGAAGAAAAUAAUGAUAAUUAUAUUCUCAACAACCAUAACAAUUUAAUAAGCCAAAACAAUAACAAAAUUCAGCUGAUAAAGGGUUAAAAUAAUCUUGAUUUUGAAAAUAAUUUGCAUCUUAACAAUAACAACUAAAAUGUUGCCAUUCAAGGUUUAGCUUAGUAAAACGAUUACACAAACUAGAAAGAUUUAAAUCAAAAUAAUAAUUUAUAAAUCCACACAAAUACACUUGUUGAUUAAAGCUAGUUGCAAUCAAUUAUUCCUCCAGUAAUUUAACAGACUAAGUAAAAAGCAGUCAAAUCUAAAAAAGCUCAGCAGAAGUUACAACAACAAAAUGAUUAAAUAGACAACAGUUAAACCCAAACUAAUUAGCUGCCAUCUAUAAAAAACCAAGAGAUAAAACAAGUUAAUCAAAUUAUAUAGCAAAAUCAGAAUAUGUAAAUGACAUAAUAAAUUGUUCCAAACUAGUAAUAGCAAUAAUAAUAACAACAACAGCAACAGCAAUAGAAUUAAACUCAAAACGAAAGCCAAUAAACUGUGGAGUAGAACAAAGAAAUGAAGCAAAAAAAGAAAACUAAAUCUUAAAAAAAUGCAAACGGGCAGCCCUAAGAAAAGAACUAAACUAUCACAAUUGCUCUCAUGAAUUACAUGGAGAAUAAAAGGAUAGAAAUCAUCUCUGAAGAAGAAGUAAAAAAAUUUAUUGACGAAAAUAUAGACAAAUGCAAAAGACCAGAUGGCACCAAGUAUAAAGGAGAUAAAAAUAAAAUUAUGAAAGGUAGUCUAACCUCAAACGGAGUUUUUUCCAAAAUGGAAGGACAGACAAACUUUUAUUAACUUAAUAAAAAAGAAGGAGAAGCUUUUAGAUAGAGAACUGAAAAGAGAGUUGAAAAUUUGAGUUAAAAGAAAAAAAAUAUAAAGAAGAAGAACUAAGAUCCAAAUAAGAUUUAGAAUGAAAAGAAAUAAAAGAAUAAAAAGAAUAAAGAUGGUGAUGGCAAUUAGCACAAUGGGUCAGAAAAUAACUAGUAAGAUAACAUGGGUUAAUAUAACCAAUUUAUGCCCAAUGAUUAAGAUAAUGACAAUAAUCUUCAUCAAAAUGAUUAAGAUUUUAAUUAUAAUAACUAAGAAGAAAACAUUAAAAUAAGUAAAAGCAGCAUAAUAGAUAUCAACAACAAUUCGAAAAAUAAUAAUGGCUUCGAUUUAAAUUUGAGAAAUGGAUAGAAUUUAGUUGGCGAUUAUGAUUUUGGUUAUAACAACAAUUUAGGCUAAUUCUUACCUGAAUUUAACAGGAAGAGAAAAAUAACUGAGUUAGAUAAAGAUAACCUAGAUUAGCAUAUUGAUGAUAAAAAUGAUAUUGGUAACUUAGCAAAUGCUGGAAAGAGAAACAAACAAGCUAAGGUAAGAGAGAAAUCAAGAAUUAAUGACUAGGCUGACAUCAAAAAUUUGAAUUCACUCUAGCAAUUUUAAGCCUCGCCAAAGCAUUGGUCUUUAAGUUAAAAUAAUUAGCAGCUUGUUAACUAAACUUGUGAAAUAUCACUUCAUAAUCAAUAGUAAUACUCUGAUUUUUGGAGUAAAAUCUAGUUUGAUAAACCUAUAAAACCAUUUAUUGAAAUUAUUAAUUGCUUGAAAGAAACCUACAAAAAACUUGACAUCAAAGACCCAAUGGAAGUGUUUGAAAAACUCCUAAACAACCAAGCAGAUCAACAAGUAUACGAGCAUAUGAGUUAGAAAAACUAAAUUAAAGAAGGAUUUAUGGCUUUUUAUGAACUUUUUGAACCCAUCAUCAAUAUCAACUUAUAAAAUACUGCCACUAAAAAGAAAUAAUCAAAACCUAGAGCACCUAAAAAGGAAAAAAAUGUAAUUUAAAAUAAUCAAGAAAGCAAAAUAGAAAAUAUGAAUAACAAAACUAACAACAACAAUAUCAAUAGUAAUAAUAGUAAUAAUAACAACAAUAGAAAUGUUAACAAUAUUAACAACCAAUACUAAAACAACUAACAAGAAUUUAUAAAUUUAAAUUAAAACCAUUUCACUGAAAAUAAACCAAAAAAGAAAUAAAAACUAAAUUAGCAAUAAUUAUGA